GCUGACUGCUGACUGCACGUGAUUGCUACCUGGCAUCACAUGACGAGAGAGCGAGAGAUGGCUGCUUGCUGGGUACUGCUGGUGAUCUUGGUGCCCUCGGUGGUAAGGGCACAGAGCUCGGAGGUGUCGGUCAUCCUGAACCCGCACACAGGAAACCUCAGCACCGUGCCGGGAAGGAGGGAUGACGCCGUGGCCUGGGCUAAAUUGACGGACACGAUCCAGGAUAACGGGUGGGCCAUUUUAGAGGUGCAGAGCAAUGAAAAAUAUAAUGACAGCAUUCAGGCAUAUGCUGCGGGGGUGGCUGAAGCUGCUGUUUCUCAGCGGCUUAUCUACAUGCACUGGAUGAACACAAUGUUUGGUUACUGUGGUCCUUAUAAAUACCAAACCCCAUACUGUGAACACCUGAGGGACUAUCUAGCGGCCAACCUAGCUUGGAUGCAGGAACAAAUGGAGCUGAAUCAAGACCAGGAUUAUUGGCAUCAUGUUCGGCUUGCACUUCUUCAGCUGAAAGGCCUAGAAGACAGCUACAAUGAAAUAAUUUCCUUUCCUGAGAAAACCUUUAAACUGAAUCCCUUUGGGUUCUUGCUGUUCCAACUUGGUGGAGACCUAGAAGAUCUGGAAGCUGCUCUGAAUAAGUCUGAUGCUAAGAGAAAGCUGGGUUCUGGGUCUUGCUCAGCACUUGUCAAACUUCUACCCGGCAAUAAGGAUCUGCUUGUUUCUCAUGUAACCUGGAAUACCUACCAGUCCAUGUUGCGCAUUAUCAAGAAGUAUACACUUCCCUUUCGUGGAAAUGCCAGUGGGGGUCCCGUGGUACCGGGAUGGGUGCAGACAUUCUCAUCUUACCCAGGCACUAUCUUCUCUGGUGAUGACUUCUAUAUUCUGAGCAGUGGUCUAGUUAGCUUGGAGACGACCAUUGGCAACAGUAAUCCAGAUCUGUGGAAGUAUAUCACGCCUACAAAUUCUGUUCUGGAGUGGAUGCGAAAUAUUGUAGCAAACAGGCUGGCAACAGGAGGGCAGGAGUGGGCUGAUCUUUUCAGCAAGUUUAAUAGCGGAACCUACAACAACCAGUGGAUGGUGGUGGAUUACAAAAAGUUCAGUCCAGGUGAAACACAGGUUCCUAGUGGACUCCUAACCAUCCUAGAGCAGCUCCCAGGAUUGAUCACUUGGGCUGAUAAAUCAGAUCUCUUGUACCAGACCUCAUACUGGCCGAGUUACAAUGUUCCGUACUUCAGUGAUAUAUUUAAUGCAAGUGGCCAGCCUGAUCUUGUGAAGAAAUUUGGAGACUGGUUCAGUUAUUCCAAAACUCCCAGGGCUCAGUUAUUCAGGAGGAAUCACACUCUUGUGGAGGAUCUUCCAUCUAUGAUCAGGCUCAUGAGAUACAAUAACUACCUUUAUGAUCCUCUGUCAGUCUGCUCAAGUUGUGAACCAAAGCCAAAUGGGGAGAACGCAAUCUCCGCUCGCUCUGAUCUCAAUCCAGCCAAUGGCACUUACCCUUUUGGAGCUAUGAGCCAGCGACAGCAUGGUGGCACUGAUAUGAAGGUGACUAGUUAUGAGUUGGCGAAGAAGCAUAUGAUGCUUGCAGUUAAUGGUCCCACCUGGGACCAGGUGCCUCCUUUCCAGUGGAGCACUUCUCCCUUCAGUAACCUUAUGCAUAUGGGUCACCCUGACCUCUGGAAGUUUGAUCCUAUCCUCAUCAGAUGGGACUGAAGAAUUUUCUUAGAUGUGACAAGUGACCGUUCUUCUAGCA